AUGGGCAUUUCUUACGAACUCUUGAAGAAGCAAAAUGCAGAGACAUCCAAUGCCAUUAUUGAGCACAUGGCAUCCAACGAGAACUUUGCCAAGUUGUCCAAAUUCGAAGGCGAUUCGACCGUGCAACGAGACAAGGAAGAUGCCGACAAGCUGCAAGUGGGCAUUGAUUAUGCCAAGGAAAAGGGAGUCAUUGACAAGAACUACGUUCCAGAACCCUAUGUCAAUCUAGAUGUCCUGGGCAAAACACCCGAUAAGGUGGCAGAUGAGAUUCUAGAGCAAGUCAACAAGGGAGGUGACAGCAGCAGUGGUUCUGUCAUUGUCUUGUGUGGUCUGUCAGGGACUGGAAAGGGAACCACCGUGGCAAAAUUGCGCAGCAAGUUGGAAGAAACUGGCAAAGAGGUUGUCACAUGGUCCAAUGGAAACAUCUUUCGUAGUGCCACCCUCUUGGCCGCCACUUGGUGCGAACAACAGGAAGGUAUCGAAGGAUUUGAUAAGGAAAAAGCAUUGACCAAGGAAAAUUUGGCUUCCUUCAUUGGCAUGCUCUCCUUUGGAAAGAAUGACGAUGGACAAUACGAUACCCACAUUCAAGGAUUAGGCUUGGAUCUCUACGUGUCCAAGGUACAAAACACCGAACUGAAAUCGGCUAAGGUCAGCAAGAACAUUCCCACCGUGGCCGAGGUCACACAGGGAGAAGUCAUUCUGUUUGCCGCAAAGGCUGUCGAAACCUUGAAGAAUGCCGGUAAGAUGGUCUUGUUGGAGGGGAGAGAGCAGACUGUCAACUAUGUCAAGACUCCCCACAGAUUCAUUCUCAUGCUGAGCGACGAAUCUCUCAUUGGAAAACGAAGGGCUGCGCAACGAGUCAUGGCUGGAGCGUUGGAAGCUGUGGGUGGUAACGCCGGUGCGGAUGAAGCUGCCGUCGAUGCCGCAUUGACUAAGACGUUGGAUGCCAUGGCGGCAGAUGCGAAAUAG